GGGGUGGGGUGGUGGGCGGGAGCUCGGCGGCUUCAACUGCGCACGCCUCUUCCGGUUUGCUGGAGAGGCGAGACCUUGGUUUAUUUUUCCGACUCCGAGGGGAUGCUGCCGGUUGUGUGAAACGAGUCUGAAAAUCUUUUGUGAAGAUGGUGAAUGUUUUGAAAGGAAUACUUAUAGAAUGUGACCCAGCCAUGAAGCAGUUUCUGCUGUACUUGGAUGAAUCAAAUGCCCUGGGGAAGAAGUUCAUCAUACAAGACUUGGAUGAAACACAUGUCUUUGUGUUAGCUGAGAUGGUUUACUUCCUGCAGGAGAAAGUGGGAGAGUUAAUGGACCAGAACUCUUUCCCCAUUACACAAAAAUAGAAAAUGGGACUGGAAUUGUCUGUGUCUAACUACAAUCAAUAAAUGUGGAACUGAAACUUCAUGUGUAGAUAUUCCUGGUAAUAGAUUUGGUGGGGAUUCAAAAGCAAAAGUCACUAUAGCAAAUAAACUAUUUAAUUAGAUUGUAUGUUCAAAAAUUCUCUUUGAUUUUCUUGCUGUGGUAGUUACAGACUAUGAAGUAUAGUUUUCUGAUAGCCAGUAAAGUGUCUGCCACUGCAAGUGAUUUUAGAGUUUACUUGUUUGAACUUUAGGCUGUGCUUUAUUGAGGGUGGGGGAAAUCAAUGUUCAUAUUGUUUCUUCUUUGUAACUUUCCUUUUAGAGGGAAGAUAACCUUAAAGCACAUUUGCCUUCUGUUUUUAAUGGAUUGUGCAACUUUUUUACAGGACCAAAGGAGACUACCAAAUUUCAUGUGAUGGACCUUGAAAAAUAAACAAUAAUAUGAAUCCUG